ACCGGUAUUUCAGAAGAUUCAUAAGUUAUUUCAGAUGAGGGUGGAAGUGGUUGCAAGUGCAUCUACCAGACAAGAGUAUGUGGUUUCAUAAUACUCCACAUCUCUCUGUGGUCUUUCGUCCCAGUACUAUUAUUACUCAGCAGGUGCCACUUUGCUGACUUCAAGGUGACUGCAUGUCUACGGCCGUAUGUUAGGAUGGACAAGUCUAUUAAACCUGCGCACAGAGAUCCACGUCUGAGGACAAACCGCUGCUUUAGCUGCCUCCUGCCUCUCGGUCCACUCACAGGACCAUGUUCAGAUAUGUUGACGUGUUCAUACCUUAAUCGUCUCUUCUGUCCUCUCCUCUUCCACCGUCCCCACAGGAAGCCUCGCCCUGUCUCUCAGUUAGUCUCCCAGCAGGUAACGCCACAGUUUGCUUCUCCCACGCAGCCUAAGAAGGAGAAAAAGGAGAGAACAGAGAAAGAGAGACAUGAUAAGGAACCAACACUAAAGAAGAACAACCACAAGAAGAUGAGGCCGAGGUUAAAGAACAUUGACAGGAGCAGCGCUCAGCACCUGGAGGUGACGGUGGGAGAUCUAACUGUCAUUAUCACAGACUUUAAGGAGAAGCCUAAGCCCUCGUCCACAUCCACCACCACCACCACCUCCUCCACAACCUCAGUCUCCGCAGACCACCACAACCAGAGUGGCUCCAGCUCAGACAACACAGAGAGGGGGGUCUCUAGGUCAUCCUCACCCAGGGGGGAGGCCUCUUCCGUCAAUGGAGAGCUACACUAGGCCCCAAACCUGGCAACCCCAACCCCCCAUCUCCCAUAAUGGAUUUACCAUGCCCAAAUCUCUCUGAAGUCACCAACCCUCUACAUUUGACCUCACCCUCUCCGCAAUGCCAACCUGGACCUAAACUCCCAACGUGGCAACCUCAACCCCCACUCUGGACCUCAACCUCCGACCUGGCAUCCCCCAACCCCCACUCUGGACCUCAA